CUCAGAGUUAGAGCUGAUAUUAACGAUGUUAUCGCGGCUUUGGCAAGGGAAGCUGGAUGGGUUGUUCUUCCUGAUGGAACUACUUUUCCAGCCAAAUCUCAGGGGACAAAGCCUACUGGUGGUUCUUCUGCGGUUGCUGCAGGUUCAUCAGCUUCUCACAUUGCGUCACAGCAAACCUCUACUCCUGCUCUUAGAGUGGUAUCAUCUGGGCGUAGAAGCCCAGUGGAACUCAGCGCUUGCCGUAUGAAAGGUGUUUUCACACCCGCUUCAUCGCCAUACGAUAUAUUCCCAACUCAAUCUCCAGAACUGGUUGGUAGUGUCAAUAAGGCUGAGGGGCUUGUUGGUUGUUCAGUUGAUGUUAUCAACUCUAAACAGAUUCUCGAUAUUCCUCCAAAUCUGACAGAGCAAGAUUUCUCUGGCACUCCUUAUGUUCCGGUUUAUGUGAUGUUACCACUUGGGGUUAUCAAUAUGAAGUGUGAAUUGGCUGAUCGAGAUGGACUGGUAAAGCACUUAAGAAUAUUGAAAUCAAUCCAUGUCGAUGGGGUUAAAGUGGACAUACUGCACGACACCAACCCAGGGCCACCCGAGUCUGCUGACCUGCC